AGAGAGACAGAGGUGGGGGAAACGCUUCGGAGAUCAGCCAGAUCUAACCCCCCCCCUCGCCCGCCCUCCCUGCGCUUCUUUCCCUUCCCAACCCAACGCACCAGGCAACCAACGCCGUUGCGGGGUGGAGCGCUGUUGCAUUAAGAAAAUAUAUUAAUUGAGAGAGAGAGAGAGGGAGGCUGCGAGAGAGACAAGGAAACGCAGAGAGAGAGAGAGAGAGAGAGAUCCCCACACCCAUCCAGCGCGCCUUUCCUGCCCCCUCCCUCCUUCCCUCCUUCCCCCCAGCGAUCCGGAUCAGUGGCUCCCCAUGCCUUGGAUCCGAUCCACUGGAUCUUUGGCCUUGGAGGCAGAGGAAGAGGAGGACGGCGAGAAGAAGGCGGCGAGGAAGCGGCUGCAGCAGCAGAGGCGGAUGUAAGGCUCUCCGGACUGGAAGAUUUCUCUCCCCCCCCCCUUUUUUUUUGCUCUCAUUCUCCCUCCCCUUUUGCUCUUGCCAAAAAAGAAAGGAAGGAAGAAAUCGGACGGCUGCGUCAAGGAGGCAGGGCUGGGUGUUUGGCUGUGGUGAUUGUUGAGGAGGGCUCUUUCUCUCUGUGAGUGUCUGCGCCUCUGUUUGUGUGAUCCCCUCCCUGCCCUCCCUCUCUCUCUUUCUCUCUUCUCCCCCCCUCCCCUCCCCUCCUUUCCCCUCCCUUCUUGUGUUGUUUCUUCUCCUGCUGCACACACACAGACAAGACAGCACUAGAGCGUGCAAGGACGCCGGAUUGCUUUUUGGUGCUGCUGCUGUUGCUGUUGUUGUUGUUGUUGUUGCAGAAGAAGCCUUGAUCCAGGAUUAUGCUCUAAAGAGGGGGGAAAGAGAGAGGGGGGGAGGGAAGAGGGGAGGGGAAGGGUGAAGGGGAAGAGGAGGAAAGUCCAUGUGUGUGUAUUUGAAAAAAUAAAUACAUCCACCCUCCGCUGGGGACCUUUUUUGAUUGUGCAUUUUGGGAUUUUCUGCAAGCGUCCUCCCCUCCUUCCCCUCCCCUCCUUGUUUUUGUCUCCUUCACACACCAGCAAAGAGUAUCUAUCUAUCUAUCUAUCUUAUCUCUCUAUGUAUGUCUAUGUAUGCAUGCAUGUAUGUCUUCACUGGGUGUCGCAAGAGGAAAGGCUAAAUCAACAUAGGUAGCAACCAAAAGGAACCCCCCUACUCUCAGGCUGCCUUUCUGCCAGCAGCACCUUCUUUUUUUGCCGAAGCCCGCCUUCUUAUUUAUUGGAGGAACCUCCACACUGAUCUCGCUCCUGGCUUCACAGAGGGUGCUUUUAAUCCCAGGGGGGAAAGGAGGCCGACGACCAGGACGCCAGAUCCCAAGUGAAGCCAUCUCACCAUGGUGGUUUUUAAUGGCAUGUUGAAAAUUAAGAUCUGCGAAGCGGUCAAUCUCAAGCCCACCGCAUGGUCACUCCGCCAUGCCGUGGGUCCCAAGCCCCAGACCUUUCUGCUGGACCCGUACAUUGCUCUCAACGUGGACGAUUCCAGGAUCGGGCAGACCUCCACCAAGCAGAAGACCAACAGCCCCGCGUGGCAUGAUGAGUUUGUCACCGACGUGAGCAACGGGAGGAAGAUUGAGAUGGCUGUUUUCCACGAUGCCCCCAUAGGGUACGACGAUUUUGUGGCCAACUGUACGAUCCAGUUUGAGGACUUGCUGCAAAAUGGGAGCCGCCACUUCGAGGACUGGAUUGAUCUGGAGCCAGAAGGAAGAGUGUAUGUCAUCAUAGACCUUUCGGGAUCAUCAGGUGAAGCACCCAAAGACAAUGAAGAACGAGUCUUUAGGGAGCGGAUGCGCCCCAGGAAGCGCCAAGGGGCAGUGCGACGCCGGGUCCACCAGGUUAACGGGCACAAGUUUAUGGCCACCUAUCUUAGACAACCAACGUAUUGUUCACAUUGUCGAGACUUUAUAUGGGGAGUAAUAGGAAAGCAAGGGUACCAAUGUCAAGUUUGCACUUGUGUAGUCCACAAGCGAUGCCAUGAACUUAUCAUAACAAAAUGCGCUGGCUUGAAGAAGCAGGAAGCCCCCGACGAGGUGGGCUCCCAACGCUUCAGUGUCAACAUGCCUCACAAGUUCAGCAUUCACAAUUACAAAGUGCCCACCUUCUGUGACCACUGUGGUUCAUUGCUCUGGGGUCUUCUGAGACAAGGUUUACAAUGUAAAGUUUGCAAGAUGAAUGUACAUAGACGCUGUGAAUCAAAUGUGGCUCCAAACUGCGGAGUGGAUGCCAGAGGGAUAGCUAAAGUACUCGCAGAUCUUGGCGUCACUCCAGAUAAAAUCACUAAUAGUGGACAAAGAAGGAAGAAGCUUGUUCCAGGUGCAGAAUCUCAACCACCAGUUCCUGGAUCUUCACCGGAAGAUGACAGGUCAAAGUCAGCCCCAACAUCCCCUUGUGAUCAAGAAAUCAAAGAACUUGAAAAUAAUAUUAGGAAAGCAUUAUCAUUUGAUAACCGAGGAGAAGAACACAGGGGAGCAGCAACAAGUUCAACUGACAACCAGCUCAACACACCCGGCGAGAAUGGGGAAAACGGAGAGGUCAAAGCACAGACGAAGCGCAUGGGCCUCGAAGAGUUUAACUUCAUCAAAGUGUUAGGAAAAGGCAGUUUUGGGAAGGUCAUGCUUGCUGAGCUAAAAGGCAAAGACGAAGUAUACGCAGUGAAAGUCCUAAAGAAAGAUGUCAUCCUACAAGACGACGACGUGGACUGCACAAUGACAGAAAAACGGAUUCUGGCAUUAGCACGGAAACAUCCCUACUUAACACAACUCUACUGCUGCUUCCAGACCAAGGACCGCCUCUUUUUCGUCAUGGAGUAUGUCAAUGGAGGAGACCUAAUGUUUCAGAUUCAACGCUCGCGCAAAUUUGACGAACCCCGCUCCCGCUUCUACGCAGCAGAAGUCACAUCAGCACUCAUGUUCCUCCACCAACACGGCGUCAUCUACAGGGACCUGAAACUGGACAAUAUUCUUCUUGAUGCAGAAGGCCACUGCAAACUAGCUGACUUUGGAAUGUGCAAAGAAGGGAUCUUGAAUGGAGUAACGACUACUACCUUUUGUGGAACGCCAGACUACAUAGCUCCAGAGAUCCUCCAGGAAUUAGAAUAUGGUCCUUCAGUAGAUUGGUGGGCACUGGGUGUCCUCAUGUAUGAAAUGAUGGCUGGGCAACCUCCCUUUGAAGCAGACAAUGAAGACGACCUCUUUGAGUCCAUCUUGCAUGAUGAUGUCCUGUAUCCGGUGUGGCUUAGCAAAGAAGCCGUCAGCAUUUUGAAAGCCUUCAUGACAAAAAAUCCAAAUAAGCGACUUGGCUGUGUGGCAACCCAGAAUGGUGAAGAUGCCAUUAAGCAACACCCAUUCUUUAAGGAAAUCGAUUGGGUUCUUCUAGAACAAAGGAAAAUCAAGCCACCCUUCAAACCUCGGAUUAAAACCAAAAGGGAUGUAAAUAACUUUGAUCAAGACUUUACACGAGAAGACCCCAUAUUAACGCAAGUGGAUGAUGCAAUUAUAAAGCAAAUCAACCAAGAGGAAUUUAAAGGCUUCUCGUAUUUUGGAGAAGAGCUGCUGCCAUAGGAGCCCUCCCUGCACCUCAAAUCGUGACCACCAGAUCACUGACUCUGCAAGAUGUGGUCCUGGGAAGAUCCUCCAGACAGAACAUCAAGAACUACUACUCUUACCAUGAGCCCAGAUACCCCACCAAUUCCUUUACACUAUUAUCUAUCUAUUUAUUAUUUUUCUCUCAUCUUUGAUCUGGAGGCUCUCAUAACAUCUGUCUCACAAAACAAUGCAAAAUAUUUUGUAUCAGGAUUUGUAAGUGUAACACAUUGCUGUUGUUUCUUGCUGCUGCUUUAUUGUUCUUAAAAUUCAAUGUGGACCUUUUUUUAAUUCCCAGAAAGAGUGUGCACCCCCCCCCCUUUCCACCCCCACCUCCCAUGCAUGGAAGUAUGCCACUGAAGUGAGCCUACAAAUCAUAUAUAAGAUGUACUGCACCAACAUAAUAUUGGAUACAGACUUUGAGAUCUAAAGCCAGUUGUUACUUCCAGUUAGAGUAGGCCUAUUUAAUCAGUGCGAACUUGGAACGUCACCACUUAUGUAAGUUCCAUGGCUUAGUCGAUCUCCUUUAUUUGACACUAACAAUUGGAUCAAAGCUUUAUUUUGGUUAAGUCCUUUUCUUUACAGUGGGUCUACUCUAUGUAUGCUAAAGUCAGGAUUGACUCUAUUGUGUUUUGACAGGAUUGUGCAGGCAUUUUGACAGCUUGGGUACAGAUCUAAAGUGUGCCCAGCAACAUGACUAGGACCCGACAAAAGAUUUGUAGUCCUUUUCUAAGCACAUGGAUACAUAUUUAGGCCCAACUAGAUAUUCCUAGUGAGCAACAUCUGAAAAAUAUAAAAUUGUAGGUAGGAGGAUCCCACUCUAGAUCAGCACGUUGGAAUGGAGGUAAGGGAUAUUAAGUCUUGCUGUGGUCCUGAUCUAGAUCAGUGUGGGUCCAAAUCUGCAAUUUUCCCUAUAAAAAAGCUUCUAUUGGAAUGAAAUCAGAUCUCUUUUCUCCUCUCAGUGCAACCUAUAGGAAUGGAUCAGGGAAGAAUGGACAACCCAGGACAGGACUUCAGUAAGGAAGAAAGGUCCUCCAAUUCAUUUAUGAGUCAUUUUUAGUUUGAUCUUUAUUCCUCCAUUAAGGUAUUUUCAAACUAUCAUCUCAGAUUUCUAAUGAGCAUAAAACUAUGAACCUGAGAUGUGUAUAUGAGAAAUCUGCCACUGAAUUUCCAACAUUAGCUAAGGUUCUAGACUGAGCGUAAAGGUCAAACUAUUCACCAUUUCCACUCCCAUAUAAAUCAUCUGCCACUUGAGCUAUCUUCUCCAUAGUGACCAGUAGAAAGCUGUAGUCUGCCAUAGAUAGUCUAAUUAUAUUCCUAUAAGUGGACACACAGCAACAAGGCUUCCUCUAGCGUGUUUUCCAGAUUAUGAUGUCAUUGUGUGUCUGGCUAUAGGAACAUAGUUGAACACGCCUUUGCCCCACACUAUCCUUCACUGGCUAUGGAAUGGCUGUAUUGGGAAUGAAAGAGGCAUAUAGGUUUUGAUGGGUUGGGGAUUGGUGUUGCAUAAGGAAGGUGUUGAAUUUUCCCCUUCGCAACAACCAAAAGUCUAUGUCACACACAGAAUGCCAGCAGUAUUAUGCAUACCACCCAGUGCAAUAUGAAGCUCUACAAAACACUAAAGUAAUAUUCAGAGAGAAAAAUCAUUUUAACAUAUAAAGACCUAAAUGAAACCAGUGGCAUAUUUCAGACUAGUUUGUUUAUUCUAGCAUGAUUUGGAAAUGGUUUAUUUAUAGACUCCACUUCAUAAAAUAUAUUGAGACAAAAGACUUCAUUUCAUGCAUGGUGUGCUUGUGCUAGAAUAAAUCAAUUUAUUCUCAAGCUGAUUAGUUUCAAAGGUGCUACUGAAUUAUGUUAUGACAUUUAGGAAACACUCUUUCAUUCUCUCAUGAUUAAUGCAUUUAAUCUGUUGAUUUUAGUAAAUCUUUUCACAACGGAUUUAAUCAUGUUGCUAGCCAUUUGUUUUUGAGAGCUAGAAAAAUUCUCCCAGGUAAGAGACAAACUGGUGCAGACAAAUGCAUCACUGUAAUGCAAGAUGCAAUGCCCUUGUGUGCCAUUCCUUAGUCAAACAUAGAUUGGAGUACACCUAUCUUAACUUGCGGUAUUCUUCAGAGUAACUAUUGCAAUAUGCUCAUGUGCUGAAGAAAUGCUUGUACCUGGUUCUGAGGGAAAGAAUUGAGAGAGAUAGCAACAUCAAUUGAUUAAGGAACGACACCUCAAUCUUAAUAAAAUGCAGGAAUAAUCUUAUAACCUACUAUGAUGAAUUCUCUUGGAGCAGAUAAAUGAAGAACUAAAGUGUUCCAAAAGACACAUAGACAUGUAUCCUCUGGAUCUAUAUGUUGUCCCACUCCUUCAAAGGAAAAAGCACCUUUUUGCAUGCAAGGAGAAAAGCUCUGUGCCUAAAAAUAAUUAUUUAAUUGGGUUGCUGUAGUUUUUCACUUGAAGAGAACAUGGGAAACAGUCCCUGCUAAUAAUGCUUGAAAUUUGAUACAUGGCUUUUGAAGGAGGGCAUGAAAUCCCACAAAUAUUUCAGGGGAAGAUUCCAUGAUGCCCGAUUUCACCUCCAUUCUUUGAUCUUAUUAAAUAAGUAAAUUUGGAAAAUAAGUAGAAUUCAAUGGCACACUAUCUUAAGUGGCUCAUACCAUGACCAUCCCGCUAUGGGAGAAAUACAAAUUAAAUUAAUAAAUAAAGGGAUCUGUUUGCUGUUUGGUUGUUGGUUUCCCCACAGCUAUCCAUUUCAGAUCCGUACCCAAAAAAAAGCUGAAGAGAGAGAUCAUCUCUUUUAUUCUGAUUUAACCUAGGAUAGAAGUAGUGUUGAGGCUCAGGACACCAUUCCCAUAGUUAUACAGUAUUAUCAUGGAACAUGGUAAGCUGGGAAUGAGAGCCAUUGGCUUCAAUGAAUCUGUUGAGAAGUUAAGGAGGAUGAUGGAAUGCAUUUCUGAAUUCUUCCAGAACUUUGUUCCUGGUAACAUUUUAUCCCUGGAAGGUAUGUCAUUUUAGAAGGAGAAAUCCCCCCCAAACACCACCUCUCCAUACUCAUGCAUGAACACAUUCUACCAACAGGCAAUGUUGCAAUGAGACCUCAGAGAAUAGGGCAAAAUACAGUCAAGAUUUCCUUCCAAAGCAGAUUGUGGAUUGAAACAGUGUUUGAAAGUAAUCCAACUGAGAAAAAGUACAACUAAUUAAAUUAGUCACAUAAAGUUGUCCUGGAAAAUAUUGUUUGUAAGAAUAUAUAACAAUGAUUUUAAAUUUUGUUUAAAAUAAAUUAUAUGCAGAAUGUAAGACAAAAAACAUAUACACACAGAUACUUUAAAGACAGAUGUUAAAGGGCUAAAGAAUGGACAGAUUCGCCAAAAAGCCUAUUAUAGCUUUAAUAAAGCAAAGUAGGUUUUCUACAAAUGUUACAGCUUUUUUAUUACAUACAUGAUAAUCCUGCCAUAGCAAAAGCUAAUGUCUGAUUCAACUCACAUGUAAUGUGAAGAAGAUUGAACUGACUUCCCCUCCCUGCUCACCACCAUAUUUUUUCAUUGUAUUAGGUCAGACUGAUGUAUAUUUGCAGUUAAUAGCAGUGUGUUACUUUUGCAGACUUUUACAAAAAAAAAAGGGCAUGAUUCCUCCUUUGUGCAUUGACUGUAUUGCCCCGUCUCUUCCUUGUUGGCCUUGGGCCACGAAUGGCCUACUGCAAGGCAUCAACCGGGACUUGAUAGAGUAGACCCAUAUAUACUGGUUCUAUGCAGUCUGUACAAAUGAAUUUGGACUGGAAAGAAUGCAGGUGUCAACAACAAAUGAUUCAUAUGAAUGUCCCAUAGUGCAGUGUGUCUAGAGUAAAUGUGUCUUUGCAUUUAACAUGCACUUUAAAAAUCCAAAGGAGUCAUUUUUUGCAUGGACUUCAAGGCAAGCAAGGGUUAAGUGCCUCCGAGCUGUUUCAACCCUGGUCUUUAUCAACCCUUCCAAAGGAUGCUGUUUCCAGUUUUCAAAAGCCAUGCAUGCUAAAUGGGAAGAUUCAUUGAACAUCCAGUCUAGUUUUCAUCUUCAAGCUGCACGUUUGUUCCCAUCCGAGGGCCAGAAGGGAAGAAGGGGUGAAGAUCAUGUUAUAUGCUGCCACUAGACUGAGUCAUGCCCAGUAGGACUACUGGUUUUUUUGUUUUCAUUAUUGAAUGUGGGAGGCUCUGGUAUAAAACUGUGCUUAUAUAGGAAAAUUUCAAAGCCAACCCAUGUGUUAUAUGACAGUGUAUUGAGAGACUGAAGAUCAAGAUGCAACAUUACAACUGACAUUGCUGAAAACUGUAAAUGAAAUUUCUUGUGUAGUCAUUGUAAAAAAAAAUAUGGUAACUCAUGUGGAAAAUACCGUGCAUUAACAAAUGUGACGUUACCACCUGUAGAUAUGCUGACAGUGUUAUGUACUCUUCUGGGAGUACCCUGUGUUUAUGUGUGCGUGUGCGCGUGCAUGUGAGUGUAUCUGUAUCGUUGAGAUUAAUGUGUGUUUGUGUGUUGUGUGUGGAUAUCUAUAAAUAUAUAGAUAGACCAAUACACACAUUUCUGCAUAAAUACACAUUUGGACUGAAUGAGCAGCUAAGGGAAUCCAUUAUACUUGGUGCACUUGGAUUUUCCAAUUGCACAAAAUAUAGAUAUAAAUAUAUAUAUAUUUGUGACCGGCAGAGUAGCACUCAAGAAGCUUUUUUUCUUCCUUUUUCCCCCUUUUGGAGAGAGGUUGGGUGGGUGGGUUCCCUUUUGUACAGGUGAGGAUUUUGUAUAUAGGUGUUUACUGCAAGGCCUGUGGAAUUCAAUGAAUAUAGAGGUAUCAACUGCUGCAUGUUCAGGCAUAUUAUAUAAAAAAGUUAGCCUGUGAAAGAAUAAUUAUAAUGUCCAUGUGCAAUACUCUGUUUGUGUAUUGGUUCAAGUUACUGUCAAAAAUGAGUUUUUCCCCAUUCAUUUCUCUCUCUUUUGUUAAAAAAGAAGAUGUAGAGCUAUGUUAAGCUGUACUAAACCUCCUGUAUAGUCCUCUUCAACUCUAUAAAAGAUGAUAGCGAUGUGGAUCAAGGAAGGAUCAUUAUUGCCAGAAACACAAGUUACCAGCUUGGAGACGUAGACUCCAUUCUGACGCUGGCCUCCUAGCAGGGAACAUGCGGCAACAAGGAUUGUUCUUUUGCUUCUCAUGUGCCAAGCAGAGAAGCCCCAUGCCAAAGCCCAGGGCCAGCAUCAGCGCCUUGGUCCACCUGCCAUAUUUUCCCCCAAAAUGCCUUUGAUUUAGCAACACACCAAGGCAUUUGGGUAGGGGGAUUAAAAUGAGUGGCUACAUUCAGUAACCUGAUGCUGCUUGUAGGAUAGCUGUCUGAUUAAAAUAUUGCUGCCUACUAUGAAUGGUUCCACCUUGCUAUGGAACUCGCUGACAAGUAAGAAGGAGUAUCCGAUGGAGUGUGGUCUCCAUACUCCAUUAAGUAUGGAGAUAUCAUAUGCUGGUUUUUGAAAGGGACAACUGUCAGAUGUUGGCAUGAGCUUUCCACUGGUAUGGGCUCUCAACAGGCACACGCUUUUCCAAAUAGCCUGGACCAAACUCCAGUUUGGUGCCCUUCAGUCAUGUUGGGCUGUCAGCUCCCAGAAUAUCCAUCUAGAUGUGACAUAGCUGAACACAUCUAGAGACUAUGAGGUUGUGGAAAACUGGCCUGAAGCUUCUUAUGUUACUGAGGGAACAUGAGACAAAACAGCACUGCUGUGGUUACUUGACUGACAGAGCAGCUUGAGAAGUUGAAUCCAAGAUAUCUCCUCAAACAGAUGGGUUUGGAUAGUGUGAGUUUUGCAGCUGGCUAUUUGCAGCCUCUUUUCCACAAGGAGAACCUUCAAAUCCAUUAUGUUGGUAUUUUUUUUAAACUCAGGUGUAAUUAUUAUAUAUACAUAUAUAUAUGUAUAUGUAUUCAUAUGAUGAUUUCAAAAUAUUAAAUAUAUCGAGUCAUGUGUUGACUGGCUUACCAAUAUAAUAAUGGAUCAAACCUUUUAGAAUAAUUUAAUUUAUCUUUGUUAAAAUGUAAGGGCUGGAGGCUGGGGGUAGGAAAGCUCCCUCGCUUCUGGAGUGUAAGCACAGAGAUGUCGCAAGGGUUACAUCAUCUCAUUAUUUUAUGUUUAUCUGCCGGGGGAGGGGAGGAAUUUGUGUAAAAAUCACCCAUAAAUUUCCUAUAUGGUAAUACCAGUUCAAUGUAUGUUCUGCCACAUGUUAGCUUUGGAUGUCCAGUGAAAGAACUGACACUGCAAAGUAGUCUUUUCCGUAGACAAGGAACCUGGGGGCAUUUUAGGCAUUGCCUGACUACUACUCCCAUCAUGCUAGUUAAUUGGUCCAUGGCCAUGGGUUGAUGAGAGUUCUUGCCCAACAACUGAACGACCCCGGGAUUCCUACCCCUGCCAUGGAAAAAGGCAGCUUUGUAGAGUGACACAAGUUACCUUCUGCAGCUGUUUGGCUCCAAUGAAAAACUGUUAUACCAUGCACUACUGUAUUUACGGGGAAAGAGGUCUUUUUACAAAGUGGAGAAUUCUUUUAAAGGCAAUCGGCACAUUCCACAAAGAUGCUGGACCCAAAAUUGUGGACUGUAUUACUCUCAUUCCUGCAUGAAAAGAAAUAUCUUAACAAAUCUUUGUUAUUUUUUGCUGUGCAAUGCUCAGUGGAAAGAGGUCAGAAGCUUAUGGAUAAGUAUUACCACAGCAAUUCUGCAACUUUUGCCUGAAGCAAGCAAAAGAUUCCAUGCAGGUAAGCAUACUUAGGCAGGUAGUUACUGUCAUAAUCAGAGCCAGCCCUAGGUAUUUUUCAAGUGUAGGCAAACAGAAUUUUGGCGCCCCCCCCCCCCUCCAAAAACAAUCACUGAAAAAUAAAAGCGUUGGAUAAGCGGAAAUGUUGAAUAAUAAGGAGGUAUUAAGGAAAAGCCUAUUAAACAUCAAAUUACAUUAAGAUUUUACAAAUUAAGCACCAAAACAUCAUGUUUUACAACAAAUCAACAGAAAAAGCAGUCUUGACUAUGCCCCGUAUGUUUGGCGCCCGAAGCGACCUCUUAAUUCACCUCAUUGUUGGACUGGCUCUGGUCAUAAUAAAUGCAGAAAUCCAUCUAAGUCUGCGCAAACUGAUGGAAAUGAUCCGGUGUGUCCACAUCCAUGUGGCAUGUGUCUGGUAUUGCAUAAAAGUACAGUGCUAUUUUUUUUUUUUUUUGCACUUCAACUGCUAUGAUUCUGGCACAUGAAAUCCUGCUAUUUACAGUUUGUGGUUGGGCACUUAGAAUUCACAGCCAGAAGGCUCCACUGCCUCAUCAAAACUACAAUUCCCGGGAUUCUAAAGGAUGAAACCAUGACAGUUAAAAGUGCAAAAAUAGCACGGUAAUUCAUAUAUAUAUAUAUAUAUAUAUAUAUAUAUAUAUAUAUAUAUCCCCUGUAUCCACAGGAUUGGUAUCCACAGUUGCAUUUAUCCAUAACUGACAAAAUUCGUCCUCUCUGGGCUAUUUCUAGGUUCUCCAGUACAACUUUGUGAUAGUCUUGCGCAGGAAGUCCUUCAUGUCAAUAGACCAAGCAAGCAAACAUUGGAGGAGUUGUGAUAUUUUAUUUCCCAUUUUUAAAAAAGACACAUUACUCAAUGGUGGGACGAUAGGGUCCUCCCUACAGUAAAAAUAAUGCUAUCUCUUUCUAAAGGGGUUUAAAAAGUGAGAAAGAGAGAUCUCCCUCGACAUUGUGUGCAGAACAGUUCUGGCAAAAAAAUUGAAAUGUAUUCCGUUUUACAUGAGUGGGGAGGUUGUCUUUUUUAUUGUGAGGCUUUCUUUGUACAGAUUUUUUCUUACAGUUGUAAUAUGACUCUCUUGCCAUUCAUUAGGGUUAUUUCAUUGUAGCCAUUAUUACUGUGCCAAAUGUACUGUAUUCUAAAGGAUGUGAAUGUGUAUUGUUUCGGAACCCAAUAAAUACAAUGAUGUUAAAAUCUAAA